GUGACCAAGUGCACACACAGCCACAGCCGUGACUUCACUGCAGUAGCAAUUUAGCCUCUCGGUUCUUAGUGAGCCAGACACACUAACCUGUCUGUCCCCUCCUCUUUUCUCUCUCUCUCUCUGUUUCUCUCGCCCUCUCUGCAAAGCAAGCUUCCCUACUCUCCUCCUCAUCACUCUGCCACUCCCGCAGCAUUGAUCUCUGCUUGAUCGGGACACUGGCCUGCAUCUUACCCACUGAUUCUGCAUGACUGUCACAAAGCUGCCGUCGACUUCCCUGAGACACUGCGCGUCAAUUGACACCCGUGGAGACACCCUUCCGACUAUCAGAUGUCAUGGCGCCCGACCUACCGAAGCUCCAAGUUUCGAAAUGUCUAUGGGAAGGUGGCCAACCGGGAGCACUGCUACGACGGUAUUCCCAUCACCAAGAACGUCCAUGACAACCACUUCUGUGCCGUCAACUCCAAGUUCUUGGCUGUGGUCACGGAGAGCUCCGGGGGUGGCUCCUUCAUCAUCAUUCCUGUUUCUCAGGCAGGCCGUCUGGACUCUCACUACCCAAAAGUAUGUGGCCACCAAGGCAACGUGCUGGACAUCAAGUGGAAUCCCUUCUUCGAGAACAUUGUAGCUUCCUGUUCGGAGGACACUUCGGUGCGAGUAUGGGAGAUCCCAGAUGGCGGUCUGAGGCGAAACAUGACCGAGGCGGUGCUGGAGCUGUACGGCCACAGCAGACGCGUGGGUCUGAUUGAGUGGCACCCCACUAGCAGUGGCAUCCUCUUCAGCGCUGGCUACGACUAUAAGGUCCUCAUUUGGAACCUGGAGAUCGGCGAGCCAGUGAAGAUGAUUGACUGCCACACGGACGUCAUCCUCAGCAUGUCCUUCAACACAGACGGCAGUCUUUUGGCCACCAGCUGUAAGGACAAGAACCUGCGAGUAAUAGAGCCGCGUUCUGGGAGAGUGCUUCAGCAAGCCAGCUACAAGAACCACCGUGUAAACCGUGUGGUUUUCCUGGGUAACCUGAAGCGACUACUCACCACAGGCGUCUCUCGUUGGAACACACGUCAGAUUGCCCUUUGGGAUCAGGAGGAUCUGUCCAUGCCAAUAGUGGAGGAGGACAUAGACGGUCUUUCAGGGCUGUUGUUCCCCUUCUACGAUGCUGACACACACAUGUUAUACCUGGCAGGCAAGGGAGACGGCAACAUCCGUUACUUUGAGGUCACCACUGAGAAACCAUUCAUUCAGUACUUGAUGGAGUUCCGGUCCCAAACCCCUCAGAAAGGAUUAGGUGUGAUGCCAAAGCACGGGCUGGAGGUGGGCGCUUGCGAGGUGUACCGCUUCUACAAGCUGGUCACCCUGAAGGGCAUGAUCGAGCCUAUUUCAAUGAUCGUGCCAAGAAGGUCAGACUCAUACCAGGAGGACCUCUACCCCAUGACAUCAGGAACUGAACCAGCUCUCUCCGCCAGCGAGUGGCUCAGCGGUGUUAACAGAGACCCGGUUUUAAUGUCCCUCAAGGAUGGCUACCACCGACCAAACAAGCUAGUGUUCAAGGCUCCGGUGAAGGAGAAGAAAAGUGUGGUCGUGAAUGGCAUCGACUUACUGGAGAACGUACCUCCCAGGACAGAGAACGAGCUCCUGCGAAUGUUCUUCCGGCAACAAGACGAGCUGCGACGGCUGAAAGAAGAGUUGACCACCAAGGACGUGCGCAUACGGCAGCUGGAGCUGGAACUUCACAACAUGAAGAACGCCAGCCCCAACAACAUUUAACCUCCGACAAAUAAGCCACCUGCUUUUCCUCCAGCACGGACCUCCGAUGACCUCCUCCUUGUUUAAUAGAUUCCACUGUCCUGACACAUGUAGUUUGAUUACUGCAAUGUUCUAUCUUUCAUAAUGGAGCAUUGCAUCGAUGGGGGAAGAUGUUAAUGUUAUUAUAACGACUAUAAUUUGUGAUGAAUUACUGCACAUUUUUACCUCAGCAUUGGCCACUAAUAUUCAAAAAGCUUUUUUUUUUUUUUAAUUUAUUGCCCAUUAUGAGGUUAAAAAAACUGCUAUAUUUCUUCCUCGAGGCCUUAAACCGUACUGCAGCGUGUUUGCAACGACCUACACACUCAUCUCAAAAAGGCCCACGUGUUAUUUGGGCGGGGGCCACUGUCACAUUCAUGCUGAAUUGUAUAAUUGUACUUCUGCACAACAGUUAACAAGAGGAGGCUGGGAGCCCGUGCUGCAGAGCCUUAAGGGAAUAUUUGGUUUUAGGGCUAAUUUUGAAGAAAGGGGUUACAGUGUGUACAUUUGCUUCUAUUUAUUUCUUUUUUUUCUGUAAACAUUUUGGGUGGGCAAGUAAUGAUCCAUCCAUCCAUCCAUCAUCUUCCGCUUAUCCGAGGUCGGGUCGCGGGGGCAACAGCCUAAGCAGGGAAACCCAGACUUCCCUCUCCCCAGCCACUUCGUCUAGCUCUUCCCGGGGGAUCCCGAGGCGUUCCCAGGCCAGCCGGGAGACAUAGUCUUCCCAACGUGUCCUAGGUCUUCCCCGUGGCCUCCUACCGGUUGGACGUGCCCUAAACACCUCCCUAGGGAGGCGUUCGGGUGGCAUCCUGACCAGAUGCCCGAACCACCUCAUCUGGCUCCUCUCGAUGUGAAGGAGCAGCGGCUUUACUUUGAGUUCCUCCCGGAUGGCAGAGCUUCUCACCCUAUCUCUAAGGGAGAGCCCCGCCACACGGCGGAGGAAACUCAUUUCGGCCGCUUGUACCCGUGAUCUUAUCCUUUCGGUCAUGACCCAAAGCUCAUGACCAUAGGUGAGGAUGGGAACGUAGAUCGACCGGUAAAUUGAGAGCUUUGCCUUCCGGCUCAGCUCCUUCUUCACCACAACGGACCGGUACAACGUCCGCAUUACUGAAGACGCCGCACCGAUCCGCCUGUCGAUCUCACAAUCCACUCUUCCCUCACUCGUGAACAAGACUCCUAGGUACUUGAACUCCUCCACUUGGGGUAGGGUCUCCUCCCCAACCCGGAGAUGGCACUCCACUCUUUUCCGGGCGAGAACCAUGGACUCGGACUUGGAGGUGCUGAUUCUCAUUCCGGUCGCUUCACACUCGGCUGCGAAACGAUCCAGCGAGAGCUGAAGAUCCCGGUCAGAUGAAGCCAUCAGGACCACAUCAUCUGCAAAAAGCAGAGACCUAAUCCUGCGGUUACCAAACCGGAACCCCUCAACGCCUUGACUGCGCCUAGAAAUUCUGUCCAUAAAAGUUAUGAACAGAAUCGGUGACAAAGGACAGCCUUGGCGGAGUCCAACCCUCACUGGAAAUGUGUUCGACUUACUGCCGGCAAUGCGGACCAAGCUCUGGCACUGAUCGUACAGGGAACGGACCGCCACAAUAAGACAGUCCGAUACCCCAUACUCUCUGAGCACUCCCCACAGGACUUCCCGAGGGACACGGUCGAAUGCCUUCUCCAAGUCCACAAAGCACAUGUAGACUGGUUGGGCAAACUCCCAUGCACCCUCAAGAACCCUGCCGAGAGUAUAGAGCUGGUCCACAGUUCCACGACCAGGACGAAAACCACACUGUUCCUCCUAAAUCCGAGGUUCGACUAUCCGACGUAGCCUCCUCUCCAGUACACCUGAAUAAACCUUACCGGGAAGGCUGAGGAGUGUGAUCCCACGAUAGUUGGAACACACCCUCCGGUCCCCCUUCUUAAAGAGAGGAACCACCACCCCGGUCUGCCAAUCCAGAGGUACCGCCCCCGAUGUCCACGCGAUGCUGCAAAGUCUUGUCAACCAAGACAGCCCCACAGCAUCCAGAGCCUUAAGGAACUCCGGGCGGAUCUCGUCCACCCCUGGGGCCUUGCCACCGAGGAGCUUUUUAACUACCUCAGCGACCUCAGCCCCAGAAAUAGGAGAGACCACCACAGAUUCCCCAGGCACUGCUUCCUCAUAGGAAGACGUGUUGGUGGGAUUGAGGAGGUCUUCGAAGUAUUCCUUCCACCUAUCCACAACAUCCGCAGUCGAUGUCAGCAGAACACCAUCCGCACCAUACACGGUGUUGAUAGUGCACUGCUUCCCCUUCCUGAGGCGGCGGACGGUGGUCCAGAAUCGCUUCGAAGCCGUCCGGAAGUCGUUUUCCAUGGCUUCCCCGAACUCUUCCCAUGUCCGAGUUUUUGCCUCCGCGACCGCUGAAGCUGCACACCGCUUGGCCUGUCGGUACCUGUUCACUGCCUCCGGAGUCCUAUGAGCCAAAAGGACCCGAUAGGACUCCUUCUUCAGCUUGACGGCAUCCCUCACCGCUGGUGUCCACCAAGGGGUUUUAGGAUUGCCGCCACGACAGGCACCAACUACCUUGCGGCCACAGCUCCGAUCUGCCGCCUCGACAAUAGAGGUGCGGAACAUGGUCCACUCGGACUCAAUGUCCAGCACCUCCCUCGUGACAUGUUCAAAGUUCUUCCGGAGGUGGGAAUUGAAACUUUGUCUGACAGGAGACUCUGCCAGACGUUCCCAGCAGACCCUCACAAUGCGUUUGGGCCUCCCAGGUCUGUCCGGCAUCCUCCCUAAUAGAUUCUGAAUAUUUACACUGUUGUUGAACCUAACCUCACACAUUCAAUAUUAAAAAGUCCAUUUUUUUUCAUUAAACAAAUGGGCGUACAUUAAAAGGUUGCUCAUUUUAAAAAAUAACUACUGCUAAUAAUAAACUUUACAAUAUUGGUUUGAUAUUUUGUCAGUGACAGAUAAGGUGUGUACAGUAUGUAUAAUAUAUUCCCAAUCAAUCUUUUAGUUAACUACAUCACUGUUAAUAUAAACCAUGUUAUGUUAUUCACUAGUAACUGUAAUUUUGCGCUGCCUAUGAUAGCAUCAAAGGGAUAUCACCUGUUUUACAGCAUUCUGUACAUAUUGUUUUCCCUUUAGUAACUGAAUAAUUACAGCCCUGACAACAGCAUUUUCAAACUUGGAAUAGUGAAUAUAGAGUGAAAAUAUUGUCAGCUGUAUGUGUAGAAAAUUAAAUGAGUUUUAGUAAAGGUUGAUUUUGUUCAACAGUUUGUAUUUUUCCCCCCAGUAUUUACUCAUCGGUUUGUACUUUUUUUCAUCAAUGAUUUUUCAUAAAGUAUCCAAAAUCCGUUGUUUUAAAAGCCUAUCAAGGCGUUUGCGUUGCUUUAAAAAAAAAAAAAGUAUACGGAAAGUAAAGGCCUACUGAAAUGAGAUUUUCUUAUUUAAACGGGGAUAGCAGGUCCAUUCUAUGUGUCAUACUUGAUCAUUUCGCUAUAUUGCCAUAUUUUAGCUGAAAGGAUUUAGUAUAGAACAUCGACGAUAAAGUUCGCAACUUUUGGUCUCUAAUAAAAAAGCCUGUACCGGAAGUAGCAGACGAUGUGCGCGUGACAUCACGGGUUGUAGGGCUCCUCACAUCUGAACAUUGUUAACAAUCAUGGCCACCAGCAGCGAGAGCGAUUCGGACCGAGAAAGCGACAAUUUCCCCAAUAAUUUGAGCGAGGAUGAAAGAUUUGUGGAUGAGGAAAGUGAGAGUGAAGGACUAGAAAACAAAACAAAAAAAGGACGAGGGCAGUGGGAGCGAUUCAGAUGUUAUUAGACACAUUUACUAGGAUAAUUCUGGAAAAUCCUUUAUCUGCUUAUGGUGUUACUAGUUUUUUAAUGAGAUUAUAUGGUCGUACCUGUACAACCUGAAGGUCGGCCCCCCACCAGUCGACGGGUGGUGGCGGUGCCUAUCUCUGCCCUUCGCAAGGGACCCUCUUCGAAACACGAUAUUUCGAAAUGAUCGCUGCAUAAUACGCUGUACUUUGUGCGUGUGGUCCAAUCCAACCGUGUUCGCUUGACAUCUCUGUUCCAUAGUAAAGCUUGACUGUCAUCUUUCAGGAAUAUAAACAAUGAAACACCGGCUGUGGUUGUGUUGCUAAAGGCGGCCGCAAUACACCGCUUACCACCUACAGCUUUCUUCUUUGACGUCUCCAUUAUUCAUUGAAAAAAUUGCAAAAGAUUCAGCAACACAUAUGUCCAUAAUACUGUGGAAUUAUGCGAUGAAAACAGACCACUUAUAGCUGGGAACAGUGCUAAAACAACGUGUCCUAUACAAUGCGUGACGUCACAUGCAGCGUCAUCAUACUGCAACGUUUUAGCAGGAUACUUCCACGCGAAAUUUAGAAUUGUAAUUUAGUAAACUAAACCGGCCGUAUUGGCAUGUGUUGCAAUGUUAAGAUUUUGUUAUUGAUAUAUAAACUAUCAGAGUGUGUAGUCGGUAGUAGUGGGUUUCAGUAGGCCUUUAAAAAAAACUAAAUGCGUUAAUCGGCUAUUGCUAACCUUCUUGGGAAACAGGAAGUCGUAUCUGAAUCCACUUCAAAAUACAUAUAGUGCAAUUUAACAUUCCUCCCUUAGAUGUGCUAUUUAAUUCCAUUUUUUGUAUUAGUAUUUUAAGAAUUUACAGUUCUUUAAUACACAUUGAUUUUGUUAGGAAUAACGAAACUUUAGACUUUUCCAAAAUUUCCGAGAAAAAACUAAACAACCGGGGAUUGCAUUUUAAAAAUUCCGAAACUUUUCCAUGUUUUUCCAUGACCGUACAAACCCUGAUUUGAGUCUGUAAUAGACGGAAACUACUGCACACUACAUAUUUUAUGUGAAAUGGCAAAUUAUGCUUCGAGAUGUAAAAAUAUGUGUUCUAGCAGGGAUGUAACCAUGAAUAGUGAUAACCACGUAAAACUCCCGACAGUUAGCAUGGCCGUAUUGAAAUAAAAGGAUCGAAAAUCUGUGAUUGAUAACCACACAUAGUACAAACCCCGUUUCCAUAUGAGUUGGGAAAUUGUGUUAGAUGUAAAUAUAAACGGAAUACAAUGAUUUGCAAAUCAUGUUCAACCCAUAUUCAGUUGAAUAUGCUACAAAGACAACAUAUUUAAUGUUAAAACUGAUAAACAUUUUUUUUUUUUGCAAAUAAUCAUUAAAUUUAGAAAUUGAUGCCAGCAACACGUGACAAAGAAGUUGGGAAAGAUGGCAAUAAAUACUGAUAAAGUUGAGGAAUGCUCAUCAAACACUUAUUUGGAACAUCCCACAUGUGUGCAGGCUAAUUGGGAACAGAUGGGUGCCAUGAUUGGGUAUAAAAGCAGCUUCCAUGAAAUGCUAAGUAAUUCACAAACAAGGAUGGGGCGAGGGUCACCACUUUGUAAGCAAAUUGUCGAACAGUUUUAGAACAACAUUUCUCAACGAGCUAUUGCAAGGAAUUUAGGGACUUUACCAACUGCAUUCCGUAAAAUCAUCAAAAGGUUCAGAGAAUCUGGAGAAACCACUGCACGCAAGCGCUAUUAUGGAUCAUUGAUCCCUCAGGCGGUACUGCAUCAAAAAACGACAGUGUGUAAAGGAUAUCACCACAUGGGCUAAGGAACACUUCAUAAAACCACUGUCAGUAACUACAGUUGGUCGCUACAUCUGUAAGUGCAGGUUAAAACUCUUCUAUGCAAAGAGAAAGCCAUUCAUCAACAACACCAAGGAACGCCGCCAGCUUGGCUGGGCCCGAGCUCAUCUACGAUGGACUGAUGCAAAGUGGAACAGUAUUCUGUGGUCUGACGAGUCCACAUUUCAAAUUAUAUUUGGAAACUGUGGACGUGGUGUCCUCCGGAACAAAGAGGAAAAUAACCAUCCGGAUUGUUAUAGGCGCACAGUUCAAAAGCCAGCAUCUGUGUUGGUAUGGAGGUGUAUUAGUGCCCAAGGCAUGGGUAACUUACACAUCUGUGAAGGCACCAUUAAUGCUGAAUGGUCCAUACAGGUUUUGGAGAAACAUAUGUUGUCAUCCAAGCAACAUUAUCAUGGGCGCCCCUGCUUAUUUCAGCAAAACAAAGCCAAGCCACGUGUUACAACAGCGUGGCUUCGUAGUAAAAGAGUGCGGGUACUUUCCUGGCCCGCCUGCAGUCCAGACCUGUCUCCCAUCGAACAUGUGUGGCGCAUUAUGAAGCGCAAAAUACGACAACAAGACCCCGGAAUGUUGAACAACUUAAGCUGUACCUCAAGCAAGAAUAGUAAAGAAUUCCACUUUCAAAGCUUCAACAACUAGUUUCCUCAGUUCCCAAACGUUUAUUGAGUGUUGUUUAAAGAAAAUGUGAUGUAACACAGUGGUGAACAUGCCCUUUCCCAACUACAGCAGCCAUGAAAUUCUAAGUUAAUGAUUAUUGGCAAAAAAAAAAAUAAAGUUUAUGAGUUUGAACAUCAAA